AUGGCGAUUACCUGCGGCGACAUUCCCCGUCUGAUUUGCUCGGUCAUUAUCCCGCCCGUCGGUGUGUUCUUCCAGGUUGGCUGCACGAGAGACUUGGCCAUCAACUGUUUGCUCACUCUCCUUGGCUAUAUUCCUGGCGUCAUCCACGCCGUGUAUAUCUUGAUCAAGGAAUAG